AUGGUCGAGUCACGAGUCGACUCAAAUUUGCUGCAAAAUGCACACGUAGCUUCAGAAAUUUUUGAGCUGCGUCCGGAUUAUCGCGUUAUACUACUGCUUGUUGAGGGCAUCUCUCCAGGUUCCAGCGAUGAUGCCAGCGAGGCCCUUUUGCAAGAAGCCGAAGCCUCGGUCAAGAAUCUACUAUCAAAGUAUCCCACCACCGAGAUCCCACAUAUUGCAGCAUGGCGGGAAGCCUACAAAGCCUUUGGUGCAAAGCCGCAAAAAACCCAAAACAGUUUAGAGGCAUUGAUGCGCCGUGCAAAGAACGGGUUGCCUCGUGUGAAUCGAUUGACCGAUAUCUACAAUGCGAUCUCGAUCAAGCAUCAAAUUCCUCUUGGUGGCGAAGACCUUGACAAGUACAAUGGAUCGCCUUUUCUGAUCCGUGCCACUGGCCAAGAACGAUUCCAGACCUUUUCGAGUGGGGAACCCACAACAGAACUUGCAGCCCCGGGAGAACCUAUAUGGUGUGAUGAUACUGGCGUUACUUGCCGUCGAUGGAACUGGCGACAGGGUCCUCGCACUGCGCUGAGCGAUGAUACCACGCGUGUGCUCUUUAUCCUGGAUGCACUGGAGCCGCUCUCCGACGAUGCGCUCCUCCGGGGUGCCGAUGAGCUUACAUCAGCAUUGCAACGUAUUUCUCCAGAAGUGAGAGUAUCGCAGCGGUUCAUCGGUACUUCUGCGUGA